UCCAAAGCCACUGCACCUCCAGAGCCCAGUGACGGAGCUCUCGUCCCCACUGGGCCGCACCAAGAAACCAUCACUUAGAAGGGGCAUGGAGGAGGGAGGCGGAGGAAGAGGAGGAGGAGGAGGAAUGACGCCAGUGAACCGGGAGAGGGCCAGAGAGAAACACUCCAAAGUCUCAGACCUGAUCAGUCGCUUUGAGGAGAACAGCCACACAGAGAACAAGAGAGACAGCUCGCCGCUCAAGCCUGUCAGCAAGUCCACCAACUGCAGCCUGGCGCACCGCCCCAGCCAGAAGCAGACGGAGAGUGGCAGGAAUCAGGAGAACCACUCCUCCGUGCUCAAGGAUGACCACAAGCCGGAGGCCAACGGGGUGGUAGCACAGAUGGAGCAGGACAAGGAGGACAAAAAGGAGUGUGAGAACGAAAGUGUGAGGAUAGACACCACCGAGCUGGUCAAUGGAGAUAUGGGGGACGGGGGAGCAGAGCAGGAUGAGGAUCAUUCACCUCCACCGACAGUGAGGACUGAUGGAGAAGCUGAGGACAAGAAGGACAGCGGGACUGCGACAGACAACGAGCACAGGAGUGAAGAAGGGAGCACAGACCAUAAGGAGACCAAUGAGCAGAAGCUGUUUAAAAUCGCCAGCGAGCUGCUGCAGACGGAGAAGGCCUACGUAGCCAGACUGAACCUGCUGGACCAGGAGUUCUGUACGAAGCUAAUGGACGAGGCUAAUAAGGGAACGUUCCCUGUGGACGUGGUGAAGAACAUCUUCUCCAACAUCUCCUCCAUCCACACCUUCCACAGCCAGUUUCUGCUUCCAGACCUGGAGAAACGCAUGGGAGAAUGGGCGUUGACACCUCGCAUUGGGGACAUCCUGCAGAAACUCACACCCUUCCUCAAGAUGUACGCAGAGUACGUGAAGAAUUUCGACAAGGCCAUGGAGCUGCUGAAGCAGUGGACCGACCGUUCUCCUCAGUUCAAGGCCACAAUCCAGGAGAUACAGAGUCAAGAGGCCUGUGGCAGCCUGACGCUGCAGCAUCACAUGUUGGAGCCUGUGCAGAGAGUCCCUCGAUACGAGAUGCUGCUAAAAGACUAUCUGAAGAAGCUGCCUGCGGAAGACCCUGACCGACGAGAUGCAGAAAAAUCGUUAGAAAUCAUUGCCACAGCAGCGACUCACUCCAACAGCGCCAUACGGAAAUCUGAGAAUCUAAAGAAACUGUUGGAGAUUUACGAGAUGCUGGGAGAGGAGGAGGACAUCGUUCAUCCGUCCAACGAGUUCAUCAAAGAGGGCCACAUCCUGAAGCUGGCAGCCAGGAACACGUCAGCCAUGGAGCGAUACCUCUUCCUGUUCAACAACAUGCUGUUGUACUGCGUGCCCAAAUUCAGCCUGGGAGGAACCAAGUACACGGUGAGGACGCGAAUCGGUGUCGACGGCAUGAAAGUCCUGGAAACAACCAAUGAGGACUACCCUCACACCUUCCAGGUGUCGGGGAAAGAGAGGACGCUGGAGCUACAAGCCAGCUCCGAGCAGGACAAGGCGGGCUGGAUUAAGGCUUUCCGGAAGACCAUUGAGAUCUUCCAGCAAAAGAACGAAUCCUUCAAGAACGCAUUAAAAGAUUCGGAGGAAGUGUCGAAAGCGGAGCUGGGGAAGCGUGCCCCUCGCUGGAUCCGUGACAAUGAAGUAACAAUGUGCAUGACAUGUAAAGAGCCUUUCAACGCUCUCACACGGCGGAGACACCACUGCAGAGCCUGCGGCUAUGUGGUGUGCUGGAAAUGUUCAGACAACAAGGUGCCGCUCGAAUAUGACGGCAACAAGAUGAACAAAGUCUGCAGGGACUGUUUCCCCAUCCUGACUGGAGAAACAGUAGCUGGGGGGAAGAAGAAGGGAAUACUGGAGAUCGAAGCAGCUCAGUUCUCUGGCAGCAGCAUCAUGUGUGGCUUCCUUCAGUACUGCGAGAAGAACAAACCCUGGCAGAAGGUUUGGUGCGUCAUCCCUGAGAAGGAAUGUCUGGUGCUCUACCUCUACGGAGCUCCACAGGACGUGAAGGCCCAGUGCACAAUCCCCCUCCUGGGUUACUCAGUGGACGACAGCGUGCGGCCCACAGACACUCCGUCCACCUUCCGCCUCUCCCAGUCCAAGUCCGUGCACAACUUUUCUGCUGAAUCCGAGGAGCUCAAGCAGCGCUGGCUGAAAGUCAUCCGGGUGGCAGUGAGGGGAGAGGUGCCAGAAUGCCCUCACACCAACGGCACCAACGCAAACGUGACGGACGACAACAGCACACAGGAGGCGGCGACUGACAGCUCAUAAAGACCUUUCUCUGCAGGCAAACCGCUGUGGAACUUUUGCUGUUGUUUUGCUCAAGAAAGACAGAGAUGUGCGGGUGUGUCUCCAUGACGCCUUCGAAUCUGAAUUCUGAAGAUUAAGUGGACGAAAAGAAAUCAGUGCUGGAUAAGCUGCCUUUCCUUGUAGCUCUCCUGUUCCCAGUUUCCUCCUGGACAUGCUCCUACACUUUGAUUCAGAGCUGCGCUGGAUAACUAAAGGACCUCUGGUACAAUCAACACUAGAGCAGAGGAGAUUCUUGGAAGUCCCUAAGACUCGCACUGUUAUUUAAGAACAGCUUAAACUCUAUAGUCUUCAUGGACCUCGGCCAAAUCCUCUUGAGCCAGUGGACGACAGGACGAUCUGCACAGGACGUGAAUCAAAGCUAAAAGACGGUUCAAACUAUGUCUGCUGGUGCUGUGACUCAGCUGUGUACAUGUAUAGUAUAAAUGUUUGUUUUUUUCUUUUUUGAAAAGGAACACCUGUGUUUUUAAUGUACAGAAAUCAGAAAGCCAUCUAAGUAUGAUAUGAAAUCAUUCUCAGUAUUGUGCCCCUUUUUCUGUGCUGAAGACGAUGGUUUCAAAAGUGAGAAAAUGACUGUGUGCUGGAGAUAGUGAUCAUUCUCUCAUCACUCUAAUCAGACUCUGAGCUGAUGUGUCUGUCUGCUCUGAAGCUGGGUGCACCCAUUCUAUGAAUUUGCUAAUCAAACCAGUUUUGAAUAAACAUAGACGGAUAGAUAAGAAUAAAUACAUUUUAAAAAUCUAUCUUAAAGUCAACUCAAAAGUAAAAGACAGCAAGUACUUUUAAAUAUACUCAAAAAGUACUUACCGAGUGUAUCCUGUUCCCUAAUUAGGGAGUCUACUACAUCAUUAUGGCUUAGUCUGGGCCAUUCAAUCAAGCUUCUAUAAAUUGCACACACUAUAUAUAGAUAUCAGACGUAGAUAUCAAGAGCCAUAAAUUAUUAAACAGUGAAAAUAUUAAAAAACGCCCAUUGUAAAAUCUUACGUUACAGAAAGCGACAAAUUUCCUGGAUUUGCACCAAAACUUUAAACCCUUCCACCAAGAGCUGUGGAAAUCAGUUCAGUAGUUUUUGUGUUAUCUUGUUUACAACAAACAAACAGACAGGGGUGAGAACAUAACCUUGUUGGCGGAGGUUAAUAUGAAAAGCAAAAGUAAAAGGGGAAAUAAAUCUACCUAAGUACAGACACAAAUUAUACUUAGUCACAUCCCAUCAGUGGCAACUUUAACUGUUAAAACUAUUUUUACAGCUUGAGCUGAAAUGUCCCUUUAAAAUAACAGUUUAAAUAUUAUAGAAAAUGGCGUAACUUGACAAAUCUUAGAAUUGUGUUUUAUCUUUGGUUGUUCAACCCCACAGCCUGAACAGUUUGUAUUAACAUAUUAUAGUUCAGGUUUGAAUAUAUCAUAGAAAGCGAUGGAUGAUAAACCUCAACGAGCAAAACGGAGGAUAAAUAUCAAACGGUCGUGCAGCUGCACAGCAGCAGAGCUCAGUUCAUGUAAAGAGAGAUGAGCAGGGAUCCUCGUUAUCUGGGUACAUUUCUCUUCACAUGCAAAUCCAGCACAAUCCCAGACAAGCUGUCGUAGGAGAAAUGUAAGUGUAUUUUAAUGCUGUAAUUAUUAUUUAAAAGUAAUUUAUAGAGAAUGACAAGCAUGAUCUGUUGAUAGUAGCACAACAUUUGUUCCCUCGCUGUCCACUUAGAAGAAGUAGGCAGAUGUUGUUUCUUUUUCUAUGAGCAGAUGUAUUUCCUCUAACUCUACAAACGCAUCACCUCGGUUCUUCAGUGGGACAACGACCAGUCGUAGCACUGGAGGGACUAAAGGGGGAAAAUGUGCCUAUAUUCUCCACAGUGAGCUUCUUCAUUCACAACAUCCUCUCGUACUCAAUGCUGUUGCUCAGCCCUCUGAACUCUUCCCCCUCCUCAGUAUUCAAAAAAAAAAAGAAAAAUCAAGAGCACAAAACAUCCCUAUCUGUAAGAUCUGAAUGUACAUCCUAUUUUAUUGUCCCUUCUUCUCCUGCCCCCCCAAGGAUUGAGAAUCUACGCACUUUACAGUCCUAUAAAGUGUCCCUUCAAAGAAAUAAAACAAGAUUAAUGAAA